CAGCACAAACCUCAUCGACGACGACAAGAAAGGAAGGAAUCCGACCGUCCUUCUCUCGUUAUUCUUGUUCCCGUUGUUAUCGUCCUCAACGGCGACGACGUAUCCCAGGAGGGUUCUUUCUCUUCACGUUGUGAUAACUUUAUUUAUUUUUUUACUUAUUAAUUAAGGAAUAAAUUUAAAUAAAUCAAGUGCAAUAGUCCGUCUCCCCUGGGCCGUUUCUUCCCUGCAAAGAACAGAAAAUUCAAGCUUUCGGCGUAAGCAGUGGUUUCUUUAUUGCUGGCCGCUUAAGCUCUCUUGACUCCCUCUGCAAACCUUUCUAUCUUAUUAUACCAUAGCAAAAGUGUAUAGGGUAGAGGAACUUUUAGGAUGUCUAAGAAUGAAGACACUGUUAGUCCUGGAUCUGGAUGGGGCGCUUCAUUUUUCAUGCAGACAACGGAAGAUGUUGCAAGAGCUGUUGCUGCAGCUGCCACGGCCAUGAAUUCUUCCCGGCCUUCGUCUGUGUUUUCGUCAAAAGAUGAGAAUAGUGGUGGCCAACUUCUGAAAUUACGGCACCAAGUUGCAAGAGUACUAAAAGGCUUCUCACAGCCUCCUGAAGUGAAAAGUGGAAACUACAACCCAGAGGUUCUGACAAGCCAAAAGCGUCAAUGGGCAAGCUUUCAGUUGCAGUACUUGGAUCAUAGGUCUUUGAAAGAGCCAUCAAGGCUUUUUGAGAGCAUGGUGGUUGUUGGACUUCAUCCAAAUUGUGAUAUUCAGGCACUUCAAAGCCAAUGUAUCACCAGAAGAUCUGAAGGUUCUGGGAAAUUGCGUGGUGCACUUAGUUAUCAGAAUAAUUCUCGUGUAGAGCCCAAUCUUGAACCCCAGGUCUUAUUUGUUUACCCACCAGAAAAGCAACUGCCUCUUAAAUACAAGGAUCUUCUUUCAUUUUGCUUCCCUGGUGGACUGGAGGUUAAUGCUGUUGAAAGAACUCCUUCCAUGAGUGAGCUAAACGAAAUUCUCCUUUCACAGGAGCACCUAAAACAAAGUGACCUAUCAUUUGUCUUCCGGUUACAGGUUGCUGAUAAUUCCACUCUGUACGGAUGCUGUGUGUUAGUCGAGGAAAUUGUCCAAAAGCCCUCUGGGUUGCUUUCCAUGAUUUCAGAUAGACCACCUGCCUGCCGGCCUCUGAGUCGUUAUGUGCUGACCACUCGCAGAUGUUAUUGCAUUCUUUCAAGACUUCCAUUCUUUGAGAUGCACUUUGGUGUGUUGAAUAGCAUCUUCAACGAAGAAAGAUUGGAACGGUUAACAAAAAGUAUUGGUGAUUUGGAUUUGGAAUUGUCAGAAGGUUAUGAUAGUGAAGAAAACAUGUACGACAUAUUACCAAAUCGUAGAGUUCUGGAGGUUGCACCAAACUCAAAAACAGGAGCCUCUGGGUUAAGUUUUGAAGAUUCUAAACCUGGAAGAGUUGUUGAUGAUGAUGGGCAAGGGCUGGAGCAUCAGAUUCUUGAGAGGGAUUUUCACUCUAAAAAAUCUCCUAAUCAUAGUGUUGUUGUUCCAGUUGAUCUGGAAGAUGAAAUAGUUGCAGUAAAAAGAGAAUCUAAUGGUGCAAAUCCUGAAGAUUAUGACGUUGAUGUUCAUGGGUUUACAACAAACAAGCAAACAGCAGAAAGACCUUUGCCUAGUGCUGUUCUGCCACUCCUUCGUUACUAUCAAUAUGAGAGCUCUGAAUCAUCAUGCAGUUUUCAAGGUUCCCCUUGUGAUGACAGGAAUUUUCGAAGUGAUGUGGAUGAUACAGAGACUGAAGAGACAUCAACAUCUGGUCAGGAAGAUUCCAGUGAUCAUAUUGAUAUUCUUGACUGGGCUAAGUCAAACAAUCAUGGAUCAUUGCAAAUAUUAUGUGAAUAUUACCGUUUACGUUGCCCUUCAAGAGGUUCAACCCUUAAAUUUCAUCCUUUGGAGCACCUUCAUCCUUUGGAAUAUCAUAGACCUGAUAUAUCAUCUUUAAAUAUUGCGGGUUCAACUAUUGAUUUGAGGUCUUGCAGGACAAGUCUUGAAAUUGCGGAGGCACACAGUGCAAUCUUGGCUGAAGAGGAAACAGUUGCACUGUCAACAUGGGCUGUUGCAUGCAUGUGUGGAUCCUUGCGACUUGAACAUGUGUUGACAAUGUUUGCAGGGGCAUUGCUGGAGAAACAGAUUGUGGUUGUUUGUUCAAAUUUGGGCAUCUUAUCUGCCACAGUUUUGUCAAUUGUUCCACUGAUUCGUCCCUACCAAUGGCAAAGCCUGCUCAUGCCGGUUUUGCCAGAUGACAUGCUGGACUUUUUGGAUGCACCUGUUCCUUACAUAGUUGGUGUAAAGAACAAAACCAGUGAAGUACAGUCAAAGUUAACCAAUGCCAUUCUUGUUGAUGCUAAUAAGAACCAGGUAAAGUCUCUUACAAUACCACAACUGCCAAAACAAAAGCAGUUGUAUGCAUCUUUAAGUCCUUAUCAUGCAAAGCUCGUUGGAGAAAGUUAUUUGGGGAAGAAAAGGCCAGUGCAUGAAUGCACAGACGUGCAGAUUGAAGCUGCUAAAGGUUUUCUGCAAGUGUUAAGAUCUUAUUUGGAUUAUCUUUGCUCUAACAUGCGGUCACACACAAUUACAAAUGUACAGUCCAACAAGGACAAGGUAUCCUUGCUUUUAAAGGAGAGUUUCAUUGACUCGUUCCAUAGUCGUGAUCGUCCUUUUAUGAAGCUUUUUGUGGACACACAACUAUUCUCUGUACAUACGGACCUUGCUCUCUCAUUUUACCAGAAGGAAUAGGAAAUGUUGCCGCGAUAGGAUGGCGUCAAACUAAUUAUAUCAUGUUUUGUUAACUUGAACGUAAGUUCAGGGAUGGAUAAUGCUAGACUGAUGUUAUUAACGUCAGUUUAAAUUUUAGCAGCCUGUACUUCCCUCUUCAUGCCAUUUCUCUUCAUGUGUUGCUCAACAUUGAAAGAUUUAAUCAAAACGAAAGUUGAAUUUGUACAAAUACCCUCUGUGAAUGUGCCGUGAAAAUAUUGUACUUCU